GAUUACGACGGGAUUCCGGACCUCCCCGUGGACUGCAUGGACGGCACCUGCGUCUCCAGCGACCCGCUGGGCGCCGCCCCGUUCCUGCUCUACGGGGCGGUCUUCCUGCUGGGCGUGCCGGGCAAUGCCGUGGUGGCCUGGGUGUCCGGGAAAGAGGCCCGCCACCGGGUCGGUGCCAGCUGGUUCCUCCACCUGGCCGUGGCGGAUCUGCUCUGCUGUUUGUCGCUCCCCAUGCUGGCGGUGCCCCUCGCCCGCGGGGGCCACUGGCCGUACGGGGCGGUGGGCUGUCGGGCCCUGUCCUCGGCCAUCCUGCUGUCUAUGUACGCCAGCGUGCUCCUCCUGGCCGCUCUCAGCGCGGACCUCUGCCUGCUGGCCCUCAGGCCCGGCUGGGGGGCCGCCGCGGGGCGGGCUCGUAGGGUGCAGGCAGCCCGCGCGGUCGCCUGGACGGUGGCCCUGUUGCUCACCGUGCCUUCGGCCAUCUAUCGCCGGCUGCACCAGGAGCAUUUCCCUCAACGCCUGGAAUGUGUACUGGACUAUGGUGGGUCCGCCGCGGUCGAGAACACCGUGACCGCCACCCGCUUCGUCUUCGGCUUCCUGGGCCCCCUGGCGGUCGUGGCCGGCUGCCACGGUGCCCUCCUGUGCCGCGCGGCCCGACGCCGCUGGCCACUGGGCACGGCUGUCGUGGUGGGCUUCUUUGUGUGCUGGGCCCCCUACCACGUGCUGGGGCUGGUGCUCGCCGUGGCCGCCCCGCACUCCGCGCUCCUGGCCCGGGCCCUGCGGGCCGAACCCCUGGUCACCGGCCUGGCUCUGGCUCACAGCUGCCUCAACCCCAUGCUCUUCCUGUAUUUCGGGAGGACGCAACUGCGCAGGUCACUGCCGGCCGCGUGUCACUGGGCCCUGAAGGAGUCGCAGAGCAAGGAUGAAAGCGUGGUCAGCAAGAAAUCCACCAGCCGCGACCUCGUGUCGGAGAUGGAGGUGUAG